AUGCAAGCCCUAAUAACAGAUCUUGACAAGACACACUCAAAGGUAUAAGAAUAGAGAAAAGAAAUGGUAACAAGAAUAGAUGCACUCAUUAGUGAGUUAAAUAACUCGAAGUAAAACAUUAUUAAAAAUAUGAAUGGAGAUGAAACCUAAUUGCAAAUGACAAUAGCUGCUCAACUUAAUUAGCUACCAAAGAAGGGAACAGAUGUGGUAAAAAGAAUAAUUAAUCACAAUAAAAAUUACUACGAGCAUCUCUCCAAGUAUGGGAAAUAAGUGGGAAAGGAAUUCAUUUCAAAAUAGGAAUAUGAAUAGCCACUAUUUAAAGAGUUUACUUUAGAUAAGCCUGUUCUUAAUCAAACCAUAGCUGAGCAUAUGUUCAGGUCAGGCCAUUAUUCAGCAGGUGAGGCAUUUACUAUAGAAGCGAAAGUUGCAUUAGAUGAGGAAUUUAAGAACAAGUUUAAGGAACUAAAUUCCAUAGUUCUUGAUUUGAAAGAGAGAAGAGUAUCAUCAGCUCUAUUAUGGGCUAAGGCUAAAGCCAAAGAGCUAGACGGUAUAAGCAGUGAUAUGCUUUUCAAUCUCCAUAAGACAGAGUUUUACUAACUAUUAAACUAAUAAGCAUAGCUUAAGCUAUAACUUAAGAAGCUCAAAGAAGGAAAAGACAGUACAACAAAUUCCUAGAAUUCUCAUUUGGGCUAUAUGUAAUAAUAAGUGAGAAGCGAGGAGAUAAAGGAUGAUGUAGUAAUGAAUGAGUCUGAGAAUUAAAACUAGAUUAUUGAGAUAGAUGAUGAGAAAGUAAGACUGUAAAAUUUUAUGAAAUAAAAAGCCUCACUAGAGCAUCAAAUAAAAGAGAACAAUAACUAUAUGAUCAAGUAUUCAUAAAAGUCGAUGAGAUAAUUUUCUCCAAAGUACUAGGCGUAGAUCAAUCAUAUGAUGGGAUCAAUUCUUCAAUUAGAUGUGAUUGCUGAGUUUCUAUACUAAAAGUCAAUAAAUCCGAGCCAUUAACCAAAUUAACUAACACAAUAGUACCUAGACAUAUUGUAGGACGAUUAAUUCUCCAUUCUUGAGUAAGGCUUUGUAAAAGACUAUUGCAGAUUAUAAGGAUUGUCUCCUGAAAGUGGACUACUUUUGACAACUCAAGCAAGCACCUUGGCGCUUCCAAAGCUUGCAACAGUAAUGUAGAAAAUGAGUUUAAAGAAUGAGGGAUUUGGAGGAUUGUAAAAAUAGCACAAUGAACUACCCUGUGAGAUUGACCUUGGCAGAGAUUUCAAAUUUCAUGAUAUUUUUAUCUGUCCAGUAUCUAAAGAAAUCUCUCAUAAAGAUAAUAAUCCUAUGCUCUUAAUUUGUGGGCAUGUUAUGAGUAAGAAUUCAUUAGCAAAGCAUGCUAGAACUGCGACAGGUAGAGAUAAUAAAUUUAAGUGUCACACUUGCCCAGCAACCAUGACAAUGGAAAACGUGAAAGAAAUUAAGAUUAAUUGA